UUUGGGUUAUCAGCUACAUCUAUAAAGAGAAAGAAAGAGAGAGAGAGAGAGAGACUUCUCCCAUCCUCCUCCUCCUCCUCCUCCUCUACCCUUGGUUGGAAUCUCAACAUAAGCCAUGGCAGAGAAGAUCUCCACAGUAAUCAUAAAGGUCGAUCUGGACUGCUGCCUUUGCUCCAAGAAGAUUAAGAAGGCUCUGUGCAAGCUCCAAAAGCGAUUCAAGAUCCAGUCUAUCGUCUACGAUGAGAAGAAGAACACUGUCAUAGUCUCCGGCCCCUUCAAUCCUGACUGCCUUAUCAAGAAGCUCUGCUGCCUGGCCUGCAAGGUGAUCAAAGACAUCCAGAUCAAGCCGGACGACCCGCCACCACCACCUCCUCCUCCUCCUCCGCCACCUGAACCGGCCCCUCCUCCACCCGAACCGGCUCCUCCCCCACCAGAACCGGCACCGCCUCCACCUGAACCGGCCCCGCCGCCGCCCGCCCCCGAACCGCCAGCGCCAGCACCUGAACCGCCUCCAGCGCCCGCUCCCGAUCCACCACCGCCUAAGCCUGAACCGGCUCCACCGAAGCCAGUGCCGGCCCCACUGGCGCCGCCGCCCGAGGUACUGGUGAAGCUGCCCCUGUGGGCGUUCCCGGCCCCGGUGUGGCCGGUCUGUUGCUACCAGCCGUGUCCCUGCUACGAGCCGCGCCACGGGUGCUGCCGCUGCUGCUCCUGCGGCCAGGUAAGCGACGGUGCACCGCCGCCAGCCGCAGUACCGCCACCGCCGGCCAUGUACUACGGUCGCCCUCCGUGUUACGAAGCAGACGGCUACAAGAUCGUGUGCGAGGAGGAGCCCUACUAUGGCUGCUUCAUCAUGUAAUUCCCUUCACAUAUAUACGUUCCCAUCCUGCGUUCUUCUCAGUCGUCGCACGAUGUUGAACCAUAAUAAUAGAUGGUGAUACAUAAAAGGGUGGGGGGGGGUGAAUAAUGAUGAUGAUUUCAUCCUCCUAUAUGUUUAAUAUUGUAAGAACGCUUAAAUAAUGUUGAAGCAUUUCCCAUCUUUAUCGAUCGA